AUGAUCUCCACUAUCCUCCCGCUGUUAUCAUCGCAGUUUGCAGAUCAUCCAGUUCGCACUUUGUUCGUUUUGUUGAUACUGAUUCCAGUAUCUUACCUGGUUGGCAACGAAUAUGUGCGAUAUUCGCGGCGGAUCAAGGGCUUUACUGGGCCGACGAACUGGCCUUUGGUUGGCAAUAUCCCGGAUAUCAAGUACAACGCGGCGGAGAAGUACCGGGAAUGGAGCAAGACGUUUGGAGCUGUGUACCAAAUACAGCUGGGAAACGAGCCGGUUAUUGUCGUGAACAGCGCCGAGGCUGCGAGGAAGAUCUUUGGUGGGAACAGCCAGGCACUGAGUUCAAGACCUGUUUUCUGGACGUUCCAUAAGGUACUUUCAAACACUGCUGGUACGACCAUCGGAACCUCUCCCUUUAACGAUUCGCUCAAGCGGAGAAGAAAGGGCGCUGCUGCCGCGCUAAACAAGCCUUCGAUUGCGACAUACAUCGACCACCUUGAUCUCGAAACGAAAGAGUUUGUAAAAGAUGGAUUCGAGUCAGGACAGGCCGGUACCGUUGGGGUAAACCCAAUGCCCAUGAUCGAGCGCCUCUCUCUUUCUCUUGCACUGACUCUCAACUGGGGAACGCGGAUGAGCAGUCGUCACGACCCCAUGUUCCAUGAGAUAUGCGAAGUCGAAGCUGCCAUCUCGAAGUUCCGCAGUACGACUGGAAACUUGCAAGACUACAUUCCACUGCUGAGACUCAACCCGUUCAGUUCUGGCACAAAGUCUGCGAAAGAGCACCGGCGCCGAAGGGAUGUGUAUCUGACCAAGUUGAAUCGCGAAUUGGACGAGCGGAUGGAGAAGGGCACCCACAAGACAUGUAUCCAGGCGAACAUCAUACAGGACAAAGAAGCCGCGCUGAACAAAGAAGAGUUGACGUCCAUCAGUCUGACAAUGUUGUCUGGCGGUCUAGACACAAUUACGACCCUUGUGCAGUGGAGUGUCGCGUUGCUGGCUCAAAGACCAGACAUCCAAGAAAAGGCCAUCAGGGAGAUCCGAAAGUUCUACUCGGAGGACGAGCCGCUCGCGGAUGCGUAUGACGACCAGAAGUGCGGAUAUAUUGUCGCAUUGGUCAGAGAGUGUCUGCGCUACUAUACCGUACUACGUCUGGCGCUGCCCCGUGCGACAAUCAAGGAUAUCAUGUAUGAGGGCAAGCUCAUCCCAGCUGGUAGUACGAUAUAUCUGAACGCAUGGGCGUGCAAUAUGGGUAAGCCAUUCUCAAUCUUCUCCAUCUACAGCAAGUUCAGCGAUACUGACUACAACACAGAUCCCGAAGUCUGGAGCGACCCAGACGAGUUCCGCCCAGAGCGCUGGCUCGAGCAGCCGGAAGCACCUUUGCACACAUACGGGCUGGGUUACAGGAUGUGCGCAGGCUCAUUAUUGGCCAAUCGCGAGCUGUAUCUCGUUUUCCUGCGCAUGUUGAACAGCUUCGAGCUUGUAUCGGAGUCGGAGGUAGACGUGCACCCUGUCCGGGGCAGCUCAGACCCUACCAGUCUGGUGACUAUGUGCCGGCCUUAUCAGAUUCUUUUCAAGCCGCGGAACGAACAGGUACUGCGUGCGGCUCUGAAGGCGGCAGAUGAGCGAUUGGCUGAGCAUGAGAAGGUGUGA